CCAAUGACAUCAGAGGCUUCACGUUCAUUCAUAUGCGGAGGAGGGUUGCCCUUAUUACUCCCAAAGAUUUGGUGAUUUUUAAUGAUUUCCGCGUCUACCGAAGCGCGCUGUUGAUUCGUGCAACAUCGACAGAGUGAACCGGAUCACCGCAAUGUCGGAGGAAGCAAGUUCACCGGAUGGGAACGGCAAGGUCAGUCGGGUCAUCCGGAUAGGAACCCGCAAGAGCCAGCUGGCUCGAAUCCAGACGGACAGUGUGGCCGACAAGCUGAAGGAACUCUACCCUGAAAUCCACGUGGAAAUAGUUGCCAUGUCAACAACAGGGGACAAAAUCCUUGACACAGCUUUAUCAAAGAUUGGUGAGAAGAGUUUGUUCACCAAGGAGCUGGAGAACGCUCUGGAGAGGAAUGAGGUCGAUCUGGUUGUUCACUCCUUGAAAGACCUUCCCACCAGUCUGCCUCCGGGAUUCACCAUCGGAGCUGUACUGAAGAGAGAAAACCCCCAUGAUGCAGUGGUCUUACAUCCAAAAAAUGUGGGGAAAACUCUGGACACGCUGCCACGAAACAGUGUGAUCGGAACCAGUUCACUGCGCCGUGCUGCUCAGUUGAAGAAAAGGUUCCCCCACCUGGAGUUCAAAGAUAUUCGUGGGAACCUGAACACUCGACUGAAGAAGCUGGAUGAGAAGGAAGACUUUGCUGCCAUCAUCCUGGCUGCUGCUGGUCUCAGGAGAAUGGGCUGGGAGAACCGGAUCAGCCAGAUCUUGGGGCCUGAAGACUGCAUGUACGCUGUUGGACAGGGGGCUCUGGCAGUGGAGGUCAGAGCCAGAGAUACAGACAUCCUGGAGAUGGUGUCCGUCCUCCAUGAUCCUGACACGGUGCUACGCUGCAUCGCUGAGAGAGCCUUCCUCAGACACUUGGAGGGUGGCUGUAGCGUUCCAGUCGCUGUGCACACUCAAAUCAAAGACUCCCAGCUCUACCUGACGGGGGCAGUGUACAGUCUGGAUGGGUCAGACAGCUUGAAGGAAACCAUGCAGACAAGCACUGCAGCUACCGACAAGAAUUUAGAAGAGGUGGACGAGCGGGCCCAACAUGUGGGAGUCACAGCCACUAAGAUCCCGGCGGAGGCCCAGGACAGGGCCGAGCGGCUGGGGGUCGAUUUAGCCAACUUGCUACUGAGCAAAGGAGCCAAGGAGAUCCUGACGGUGGCCAGGCAGCUCAACGACGCCAGAUAAUCCCGCCCUGUCGCGGUUCCACAGUGUGCAGUCAGUGACAACCUUGUGUCAAGUAAAAACUUGAAUUCCUUCUUUUUGAUGCUCAUUUGACGUUGACUUUUGUAAAGUUUUGGUGACUUUCUGUUGCGCCAGGUGGGGAUUUACUUGGACCAACGUUGUGCUCAGUGGGUUACAAAGCUGCUAAACUGACUACCGCUGUCAGUGUGUCCAUCAUGGAUUUGGUUCUAGCCUGUUCUUAUUCACAGUACCUCAUGGAACCGUCUCUUGGGCCACGUACUGUAGAAAUCACCUCUCUGACAUUAUUUAGUAGAAACACUGAAAGGCCUUCAAAUAAUUUACUUACAGUAACAUUGCUGGCUGAUAUUCUCACGGUCAAACCCUUGGUAGUUUUUUUUUUGUUGUUUUUUUAAAAGCACAUUAUUAUGUUAACUAACUAACUUAAGGUCGUCUGCACUCACAAAUACUAUCUCCCCAAACCGAAGGACGUUCCAACAAAAACCAUUCUUCACAAGCAGAUAAACAAGAAAUUAAUCCAGAGUUGCCCUCUCAGCUCUUGUGAAAAAGACUAAUUAAAAAGCCCAUUUUUAGCCCAUUUUCUGGUCGGGAGCUAUCAAUACCAACAACAACGAGAUAACUAUAGAUGUAAAAGGUUAAGAAAUGUUAAAUUUAAGUUUACAAUCGUUACUGACUUUGUACCUGUUAUGAUCCAAAUCUAACCUUCCAGCAUCUCCUUCACUCAUCUUGAGAUUAUCUAUCUAUUUUUGGCUACUUCUUCAAGACAGAGAUAAUAUAUUUAAUACAAACAAUAAGCUUGAAGGAGCAUUUUGUUUGACCUGUUCACAUAGCUGGUGUUCACAUGAUCUGUAAAGGCUUGAAGCUACGGGUUUAAAGACUCAUCCCCGCAUCAUUUUCCAGCUUCCUGUUUGGAUUUUAAUUGUGCACUGUUGACAUUUUAAGAUUAGUUGAUGCUGCAUAUUGACAAUAUGGGUGCACUAACUCUCCAGAAGGCUUUGCAGUAGGCAGUGUUAACUGGAAACUUGUGAUUUUAAAAUGCUGGUUUAAAAAGUGGAUUUACAGUAGUGUGCUGGACUGAUAGAAGAACACUCUUUGAAUUUCAAAAGACACCAGACGUUAUUCAAGAGGCAGUAUUGCUCCUUUAAACGAGAACAGUACUGGCUCAAAUCUUGAUUUCUAUUUUGGAGCCAUUCAUGUAGGUGUCGAUUGUAGGUCGUGGCACAGUUAUGUAGAAGAACAUUGCGUUCAUUGAAUUGCCUAAAAUGAAAAAUAUCUCAUGACUAUAUUACAUAGUUUAAUUAUGAGAAAACUAUCUAAUAUAUUCUAUAGUGUUGUCAUCCUGACAUAUUGAUUGAAACUCCUCCAUCUCCUGAUUAUGAGAUAUCGUGCUCAUUCCUAAAGUCUUUGUAUUGUAGUCCCUUCUCAUGAUUAAGCUUUUCUCACAAUUACACAAUUUGUAUCUCAAAAUAAUAAUCAGGAGUCCUAACCAAAAGUAGUUUUCUUGUAAAUUGGAAUGAAAUGUGGAGUCACAAAACAUACAGGUUGUAGGCUUAACAGUACAUAAUUAUACAAUAUAUGCAAUGCAUAUGUUAGACUUUGUGUACAAAUAAGACAAGACAUUCAUUAGAUUUUCAAACUUAAUGAAAAACCGUCAGUGCCAUCAUAGUAAAAUGUAUCAUUUCUGUCUACAUAAGCUGCACAUUUGCCUUAGAUCUGUUUUGUUUCUUAAUUUUUCAUCAGUAUACCCAUUGUACAGUUAGUGUGACUAUGUUGUUCCUUUUAUUUUUUAGGUCUUUGUUAUAUAUUAUACAUAAUUUAAACCUCCUGAGAAAAUGUGAGGUAACGUUAGCCAUAUUUGUUUUUCAGCUUUAAUUUGUUCUGUAUGAGUUAACGUAGAAUACUUUUUAGGCUCGGUCUAACCAAAAGUGGUAACACAAUAUGUACAUGGUGUGUCAAAUAAAACCACUAAUGUCAAGAGACAAUUGUCAAUAAAGUUUUGUGUGUUAAA